AUGGCCGUGAACGUACUGGACGAGGAUCACUUUGCGAUCAGCGCGAUCGUGACGGUAGUGAUGCAGAUCAUCUUCUUCCUGAUCGCCGCCAUCUUUCAGCUCGAUAAGCUGACCGAUUUCGCCGGGGGCGUCAACUUUAUCAUCAUUGCCUUACUGACGUUCUUUCUUGGGCAGAUCGAUCGGGCUUUGAAGCCCUACGACAGCCGGCAGUUGAUGGUGACGGUGUUCGUGUGCCUCUGGGGAGCUAGGCUCUCCGGCUAUCUGCUCUAUCGGAUCGUGAAAAUCGGACGCGACAAGCAGUUCGAGGACAAUCGGCGCAAUGUGAUCCGGUUUGCCGUCUUCUGGACGUUCCAGGCUGUGUGGGUGUUCGUCGUAUCGCUGCCCGUCAUCAUCAUCAACUCACCCCGGCACUCGUACCCAAAGGCACCAAAAACGAUGACGACCCUCGAUUCGGCCGGUACGGGCAUGUUUAUCACGGGCCUGCUGGCGGAGACGUACGCCGACCUGCAGAAGUUCUCCUUCCGCCAGGAUCCGAUCAAUCAGGGCAAGUUCUGCAACGACGGCCUUUGGCGGAUGUCGCGGCACCCGAACUACUUCGGCGAGAUCGUCAUCUGGUGGGGCAUUUUCGUCAUUUCGCUGAACGUCAUCGAGGGCAUCGAAUGGGUCGCUAUCCUGUCGCCGAUCUUCACGACCCUCAUCAUCCUCUUCCUGUCCGGCAUCCCGGUGCGGGAGCGCUCUGCGGACGAGAAGUACCGGGACGACCUCGAGUACCGGAAAUAUAAGGCGUGUACGUCCCCGUUGAUACCGAUUCCGCCCGCGAUCUACUCCGAGGUGCCACGAGCGCUCAAGUUUAUCCUGUGCUGCGAAUUCCCGCUGUACGACUCGCUGGACAAGCGCCGCAAGGACGAAGGACCUUUCGCAAUGACAACCUCCAUAUCGGUGGCACACUCACACUCCACCCACACCUAG